GUGCGCGUGGAUGUAUGGAUGGCCGUUUGAGGAGGGGCAAUUAGGAGGUAGGUAGGUAUCUCGGUAGGCCUUCCUUGGAUAUUUAGAGCCCCUCAAUCACUCCAUCCAUUUCUCAAUCAGCCCACAGGUAGAGGGCCUCGCUCCAUUCGUCGAGCCACCCCCAAUUCAACCCUCUUUUCCUACCCUAACUCACGCCGACCUUGCAAAAACCAGGGUCACUUCGACAACAAAGAAUCAGAAGCUGUUUCUUCCCUCUUGUGAUCCAAUACUAACCCCUCCAACUCGCCGAGCUCCGUAUACCUCCCUCUCUCGUCUCCCAACCCUCAUAUUGACACCAACACACGCCUUCGUACAUAACUACACAUCUUGCUAGCACUCCCUCGAGGCCUCGGCAAUCAUGGCACACAAGACGUCUGCGGUGGCUGAUGAGCCUAUCGACGUGCUCUUUGCCAUCCACCCCAAGUUCAACCUGCUCGACCUCACUGGCCCCCUCGAGGUACUCGGAUGGGCUCUGCAUGACAAGAACGACGAAACAACCAAAGCUUUCGAGAGCACAAUUGCGGCUGCUGAGCCCCAGGUCUUGUCGGACCAGGGCGUCAUCAUACACUCCCAGAUCACAUACAAGGAAGCCUACGAGCGUCUCGAUGACUUCGACGUGCUCGUCAUCGUGGGUGGCAAUAUCGACGAGGUUAUCAAAGAGAAAUCCGAGCCCCUCUCCAUCAUCACGGCCUUCGCAGAGCUCCAGAAGAAGGACUCGGCCCGAGAGCGAACCCUGAUGUCUGUCUGCACCGGCUCCCUCUUGCUGGCCGAGGCCGGCCUCCUCGCAGGCCUAUCCGCCACAACGCACCCCGACUGGAUGACCAAGUUUGAGAUCCUCUGCAGCAACGCAGCGCAGCGAGACUUGCAAGAGAGAACCGACGUCGUGGAAGACGCCCGAUACGUUGUGAACAACCUCCGCUUCGACCUGGGAGACGAAGACGAGAACCCUUAUAUUCGUCGCAAGUCUGACGCCGGAAGACGCCCGUCCGCUGCACGAAAAGGUAGUGUCUCGUUUAAGGGCUCGAACGAGCGGCGAGAGUCGAUCGCCCGUCGCGCCGCGAUGCGGCUAGGUGGUCUUCGAGUGAUCACGAGUGGGGGAGUAUCUGCUGGCCUAGAUGCGGCUUUGUAUCUGGUCAGCAUCCUGGUCGACGAAGAUGCCGCGAACGAGGUGGCCCGGUACAUUCAGCACAACUGGACCAAAGGUACGGUUGUUGAUGGUCUGGAUGUCUAAACAAGGCGAGAUGUGAUGAUAAAUGCUAGAUGAGGUCACGAGAUCAACGAGUGUAGCUAUACCUAGCCUUAAGAAAAGGUUGUCGAUUAGGUACCUAAAUGGGACCGUCAAGCAGGUCCAGCACAAUUGAAUCUAAAUGACCAUCCA